GCAGCAUAUCGAGGGGGAAGGAACGAAGACCCGCAAUUUACAGCCUCAUUCCACGUCUCCUAGAAGUGCUGCCAACUGCUCGGAAGGGUUGCCAUCCAUACCCAUCGAGGAUUCAACACCUUGACGGCCAAAGAUGCACUCCGUGGAAGGUUGGUACACCUGGGUGGCGGCCAUGAUUGUUCUCAUGGCAAUGUCGGAGCAACAGAGCCUCGUCGCAGCAACCAAGAACUUCACGUCCAUUGCAAUCACUUACGUGGAAGGCAAUGGCGUAGUGAACAACUAUUUACUGGCUUAUGGCUUAUCCAUCCCAGCGAAUGAAUCUUAUUACUCACUGCCUACUGAUACGCUUUGUGGCUGUCGAACAGCCUGCAGGACAAGCCCCAAAUGCAGUGCUUCUUCUCUCCAGAAAGUGGAUGGAGUGUCGGUCUGUCGUCUAUCUGUUAUCAGUGUCAGGAACUCGUCAAUUGCGGAGAUGCCAAAUGCCACCUAUGUCUUCAAAAUAGAGAAAAUAAACCCCCUCUUUUAUGGUAUGGGCGAAGAUGGCCUAUUUUAUCUAGUCUCCAACUCCAAUACGACACAAAGUAACGCCCAGAGUGACUGCGAAGCGAUUCCAGGACACCGCCUUGCAAGACCGACAACGCAGUUGCAGAUGACGACCAUGAUGAACAUUCACAAAACAGCAAUGAACGGUGCUGAUAUGUGGGCAAAAAAUCAAAAUAACGUCAUGGUCAUGAUGAGCAAGGGAGAAAUGAUGGUGUCUACUGAUACAAAUUUAAGUAUAUUAUCUCUGUGUCAGGCAAACCCUCAACACACCGUCUGGUAAUGCACUUCACAAUACCCAGACUGUAAGGAGAAAUGGAACAAGGACUUACACAAGAGAAUAUUUAAGUAAGUUUUAGCAUACCGGGUAUGAGAAACAAUGGUUAGCCUACAGAUGAAGAAAAGUGAACCAUUGUAUUUUGCCUAUCAAUUAUGUUGUAGUCAUGAUACUAAAAUUGCAUUACAAGUUUUGAUGCUCUUCUAUCAGCUGUAAAAAUUUUCCCUAUAAAGACUUAAUAAUCAACUGUGUGCCAGUAUUGUU